CCAGAAAGGACAACACGGAAGAUUUGGCAGCAAUGGCGGCGGCAGAAAACAAUGUGGAACUUAAGCGAAAAGCAGAUGAUAAUCAUGAUGGAGAUGGGGACGGCGACGGCGAUGGAGAAGGAGACGAAUGGGUCGGACCCAUGCCAAACGAAGCUACUAAAGCCAAGAAAAGGAAAGUACUCGAAUACGAGCGUGUCUAUCUGGAAAACCUGCCUUCUGCUGCAAUGUAUGAACGCAGCUACAUGCACAGAGAUGUUAUCACCCACAUAGUUUGCUCCAAGACAGACUUCAUUAUCACAGCCAGCCAGGAUGGCCAUGUCAAGUUUUGGAAGAAGAAGGAGGAGGAGGGAAUAGAGUUUGUCAAACACUUUCGAAGUCAUCUCGGCGUGAUAGAAAGCAUUGCAGUCAGUUCUGAAGGGGCCAUUUUCUGUUCUGUUGGUGAUGAUCAGGCCAUGAAAGUGUUUGACGUUGUCAACUUUGAUAUGAUAAAUAUGCUGAAGUUGGGCUUUCAUCCAGGCCAGUGUGAGUGGGUCUACAAUCCCGGUGACGCCAUUUACGCGGUGGCCUGCUCUGAAAAAUCCACAGGAAAGAUCUUUGUCUAUGAUGGAAGGGGAAGCAACCAGCCCCUUCACGUGUUUGACAAGAUGCACUCCUCACCCCUGUCCCAAAUCCGCCUGAAUCCCAAAUUUAGAGUCAUCGUCUCUGCCGACAAAGCAGGAAUGCUUGAAUAUUGGACUGGCCUCCCAAAUGAAUUCAAGUUCCCCAAGCAUGUGCAUUGGGAAUACAAAACAGACACAGACUUGUAUGAAUUUGCAAAACAAAAAACUUAUCCCACCAGUCUUGCGUUUUCCCAUGAUGGGAAGAAAAUGGCCACCAUUGCUACUGACAGGAAAGUCAGGAUCUUCCGCUUCCUGACAGGAAAACUGAUGAGAGUGUUCGAUGAAUCAUUAACGAUGUUCACAGAGCUGCAGCAGAUGAGGCAGCAGCUGCCCGACAUGGAGUUCGGGAGGCGAAUGGCUGUGGAGAGAGAGCUGGAGAAGGUCGACGGGAUCCGACUGACAAAUAUCAUCUUUGAUGAGACUGGCCACUUUGUGCUUUAUGGGACCAUGCUGGGCAUCAAGGUUAUCAAUGUGGAAACCAACAGAUGUGUACGGAUCCUUGGGAAGUUGGAGAACAUUCGUGUGGUCAAGCUGUGUCUCUUCCAGGGGGUUGCAAAGGCCACGCAUGUGGCACCCACCGUAGAGAUGAAGGCAUCUGACAACCCUGCCUUAGAUAAUGUGGAGCCUGACCCCACCAUAUUCUGCACUGCGUUUAAGAAAAACCGCUUCUACAUGUUCUCAAAGAGAGAACCGGAGGAUACAAAGAGUGCAGACUCGGACAGAGACAUCUUUAACGAGAAGCCCUCGAAGGAAGAGGUGAUGGCUGCCACGCAGGCUGAGGGCCCCAAGAGAGUGUCUGACAGCGCCAUCAUCCACACCACCAUGGGAGACAUCCACAUCAAGCUUUUCCCCGUAGAAUGCCCCAAAACUGUGGAGAACUUCUGUGUUCACAGCAGGAAUGGCUACUACAACGGCCAUAUAUUCCACAGAGUGAUCAAGGGUUUUAUGAUUCAGACAGGAGACCCCACGGGCACAGGCAUGGGGGGGGAGAGCAUCUGGGGAGGAGAGUUUGAGGACGAGUUUCACGCCACACUCAGACACGACCGCCCGUACACGCUCAGCAUGGCGAACGGAGGCCCCGGCACAAACGGCUCACAGUUUUUCGUCACUGUUGUACCAACUCCUUGGCUCGACAACAAGCACACUGUGUUUGGAAGGUGUACGAAAGGCAUGGAGGCAGUCCAGAGGAUCUCCAAUGUCAAAGUGAACCCCAAGACUGACAAACCGUAUGAAGACAUCAGCAUUAUCAACAUCACCAUAAAGUGAUCGUAUGUCUUUAACAUGUCCUGUACAGUGUGUUUUUUUUUGUUUUGUUACCAGAAUGAGAUAUUAAAGAACACUUUGAGUAUGAUA